CACAUGAAGCCGUCGUGAGGGGGAAGAUAUGUCGCCUCGCGGUCUUGGGUAUUUAUUCCUGUCCAUCCUGAGCCAAGUUCGCUCAGAGGCCCUCAAAGUCAUCAUCGGUCACGUCGGGCAUCGUGUCACUUUGCCCUGCGCCUAUGACGCCCGAGUUCAAGGCCUUGUUAGUUUCUGUUGGGGUCGAGGGAAGGUCCCCACGUUCAAAUGCUCAAACAGAAUUCUUGCCGCCGAAGAUGGGGAGGUGUUCUUCAUCAGUGAUACCAGAUACCAGCUCCUGGGUCGGGUCGGUGACGGUAACGUGUCCUUGACUAUCCUGAACGCUCAGCCCAGUGACGCUGGAGUGUACGGGUGUCGGGUCGAGCUGCCAGGGUGGUUCAACGACUAUAAAGUCAACACGUACUUGGUCGUGGAGGAAGUGCCUUCAGAACAGCCUGUUACUCAAGACAACAUGCAUGCAACAGCCGGGACACAAAAAGAAGGUGAUGACGAUACAACAAAGAGGACUGAACAAGUUGAGGAUGAACUGAAAGCGUUCCACAAAGUGGGGAACAUUUGCAGGUUGGCAGCCAUAGUCUCCAUCACUGUGCUCUUCAUCCCGGUCUUUAUUUCCUCAGGGAGAAGGUCCUGUCCACGUCAACAUGUGACAACAUCAACUGUGGAGAAUAUUUAUCAAAUCGUCUAAAAUACUCCUUGGUACAGUUUUAUUAGCAGGAUAUGUAGUUUUUCUUCCAUAACUGACACGCCGCCUCCUGGUGGAUAUGAUUCAUUAUUGCAAAAAAAAAAGUUACAAUAAUAUGUGUUAUCAUCAUUUGUGUCUUAAUAAGCAUUCUUCCUAAAAGUAAACAACUUUGGUAAUGUGUAAAGUGUGCAAUUUGGUUCUGAUCCAGAUAAGUACUUGGUUGUACUGCACAGAUUGUACUUCAUAUGUUUGGGUUGUACUGAACCAUGUAGUAUUAAAUGUCAUCAAUACAAGUAUUAAUGUUUUGUCACAUU